AUGCCUCAUGUUCCCGACAACUCCCUGCUAAGGUACUGCCAGUUGCAGACUCGGACAACCUGGGCAAAGAGGCGUCUAUUGCGUCCAUUAAACCCUCGUGGAGCCAGCAGAGCACAUGGAAGUCUAAGCUUUAGUGGGCCACAGGAACAGGCACUUCACUCCCAGUCCCCAGGAGCAAGUGAAGUUGGAGUUGGGCACUUAAGCAUGGAUCAGGACGGAGGGGGUCAAGCAGGAACAGGAACGCUGCAUAUGGCAAGUGAAGGAUUGGCUCUGCAUAUACCUCACAGUAUGUACUUUGCUCAGUUCCAAGUGGAGGCAGUAGUAAAGACAGGACAAGAGAUGACUGCGUCUGGGCACUUGCUUUCCAUCGAAUAA